AUGACCAAGCUCCUCGCCCUCCUCCUCACCCUGCUCGCGACGGCCGCCUCCCUGGCCGGCGCCGUGCCGGCAGACACCCCCCGCGGCCUGGGCAUCCCCCUCCUCGACGGCAUCCUCGACCCGGUCCUCGACCUCGGCGCCCUGCCCCCGCCCAAGCUGAUCCAGACCGGCAGCCCCUCGCCGCAGUGCAAGGCCGUCAACGGCGGCCAGCUGCAGUGCUGCCGCGCCACCGUCGCCGGCGACAUCCAGCUCGUCGUCUGGCUCGCCGCGCUGUACGGCUACAAGCUCAACCCCAACGACAUCAACGGCAUCAACUGUGAGUUUUUCCUUCUUUCUUUUCUCAAAUUUCGAAAUCGACCUCUCUUAUGGGAUGUCAUGUGUGCUGACAUGGGGAACCCACCCUCUUGUCCAGGCGACAACAACCUGGAUGCUUGCCCCGGCGUCAAGGUCUGCUGCCAGGUCACUGCUCUUGUAAGUCGCAUCUGGGCUCCCAAAGUUCCCCGCAUGGUGCUCCCCGUGCUGACCUCCUUCUCCCAUCAGUCGCCUCUCCUCUCCCUCUGGUGCCAGGACCCUUAG